GUCUAAACCUCUCACCUAAUGGAAAUCGGGUCAUUUUGGUGUGUGAAAAUGGAUGCUUAGAGCUGUGGGAAGUAGGCACCAGCUUGAGUUGCAUAGCUACUUGGAGGAGUCAAGACAAUAGAUUCUUCUGCCUAGCUUUCUCAUUUGAUGGGGCUCGAAUCGCUUCUGGAUCUGAAGAGGGAACGUUAGAGCUCCGGAACUCGUUCACAGGUUCGCGUAUCGGGACCACCUCAAACAAACCCGCUGACGCGAUUAGAUGUUUAAACUUCUCCUCAGACGGAAUUAGGAUUGUCUCUGGCUCUGAUGAUCGAACAAUACGACUCUGGGAUGGGUUGACAGGCGCGAGUGUCGGACUACCCCUGAAAGGCCACAGCCAUGCUAUUACCUGUGUAUCAUUCUUGCCCGAUAACACUCGAGUUGUCUCUGGGUCAGAAGACGGGACAUUGCAAAUAUGGGAUGUGACUGUGGGUCGAGGUGUUGAACCAAUGCAGGAAUGUCACAAUGACCGGAUUGAAUGUAUUGCAUUCUCGCCUGAUGGCACUCGGGUGCUCUCCGGUUCCGGGGACUGCACAUUAAGACUCUGGGACACCAAAACAGGCACUAGUAUUGGAUCCGCGUGGAAGGAUCACACUAGGCCGGUUGAAUGUCUUGCUUUUUCGCCAGAUGGUAACCUUGUCGUCUCCGGAGCAUUAUGGGAUGGAUUGCGGCUUUGGGAAGUGGAGGGCGGCAUCUGUAUCGGUAAAGCGACAUCGCCUUCUGCAGUUAGUCAACUUGUAUUCCUACCAGAUGGCAGCAAGUUUAUCUCUCGGGAAAGCGGCCUUUUCUCGACAUCGAUGCGACUAUGGGACGUCACAUGCAAACCCAUCGGAGAACCUAUCAAUGAUGUCUCCCUUGUUGAUCCUAUCACAUUUUUUGAAGACGAUCUAUCCAUUUCAUCAUCCUCUGGAGAAACCUUCAAAAUCUCUGACGAGGGAAUCAUGAGGAUAGAAACACUGCCCCUAACAGGACGGCGUGUCAAACAACAAGAUCCCGAAGCAAUGUACAAAGAUGGGUAUCUCAUCAUGAGAGAUGUACCACGCUGUACUUUCAUGCUUCCAGCAGGGUGGGUGGUGACUAAAUGGGCAGCUCAUCGAUCCAAACUUGCACUUGGCUUCUAUUCGGGCCGA